GGUGGUUGCUUCCAGGUAGAGUUUUUCAUCCGAUUUGGGCUCAAGUCAUUCCUUUCCUGGAAACCCUCUAACAUGUGACUUUGUUAAAAAGAAAAAAAAAAAAAUUUUGAUGAAUAACGUUGUCAUUUUACCAUUGGCUGAUGUAGAAGACAAUAGAUGUAAACAGUGUGUACGGUUCACUGGAAACUUAUCACCUCUUGUAGGAGGACGUUUCAUUUUCAUUUCACAUUUCAUGUAUCAGAAGAGAGAAAGAUUGAUUACUGUUAUGGAGAUAUCAGAACUUCAAUGCCAGAGUUCCUUUGCCGCCAAGUCUGAUUUUUACCAUGAGAGGCCUAAGAGGAAGAGAAUCCUCAACAAUGACAAGGGACAGGACUAUACCAUGCGGCCCAUGCCUACUCUUUUUCUGGAUUCAGAUAGGAGUAAAUAUGGUAGUGUGGGUAAAGAAAUUGAGGCACUUCAUGCUGAAGAGUUAAGAAUCAAGGCCCUUGGUGAUCAGAGAUCAAAAAUUCCAAAUCCUGAUCAAGAGAUCAGUCUUAUGAAUCACAAUGCUUUUGCCCCAUUUGCUAUCCCUGCUGUGUUUCUGGAUUCAGAUAAGAGUAAAUAUGGCAGUGUGGCAAAUGAAAUUGAGGCUCUGUGUGCUCGUGCUAUAAAGAUUGAGGCCCUUCAUGCUCAGAAAUCAAAAUUUUUGAAUCCUAGUCAUGAGCCUAUUGAGGUACUUAUUUCUUCAGAUAAGGAGCAGAGUGGAAACCUUUUAAAGUCAGAGAAACAUAAGAUCAUUCAUCAUGUCAAUCAUAAUUGUAGUAUUAGUGAGCAGGCAUCACAUUCAGAAGGUCAUAGUUUCAUUCAACCACUGGCUGGUCCAGCAAAUUCAACUUUAAGCGAUCAAACAGUCACCACACCAGAGGCAAAAAUUUUCAUCGACUUGGAGGAUGAUCAUGAUGGAAAUGAUGAUAGGGAAAAGUCAAAAACCAUCAUAUUCAUUGAUUCAGAGGAUGAAGACCUCCAAGCUCAAAGGUCUUUUCAUCACAAUCAGAAUGAUUUUUUGGAGGAACCUGCUGUUCAACUUCUACAAAAUGAUUCGAAGGUCAAUAGCAAUCAUGAAAUUGCUGUUAUGAUAGAUGAAAGUGUUGAGCCUGUUGACCAUUAUUCAGCAGGAAAGGUUUCAGAAGAAAUGGAGAUUGAGGAAGACAACCAUCAAAUUGGUGCUGCCUCUGAUUGUUUGGCAGACUUUGGUAAAAAUAUUGCACUUUUAGUAGAACGUGCUGCAGAUGAAGCAGGAAGCUCCUCUAGUAACAUUGUGGUUGGGAUGUCUAAAAGUUUUGAUCAAGUUGGGGGAUCAGGAGAAGUUAUAAGUCUCCCUGAAGCUGACAUAAAGCUAGAUAAAAGUGUGACUUGCUGCAUGGAUGAUGAAAUGGAUAUUGAGGAAAACAACCGCCAAAUUGGUGCUGCAGAUGAAAGUUUGGCUGCCUUUUCCAAAGAUAGGCCAUUUCCAGUAGAAUGCUCCAAGGUCAAGGGCUCAGAGAGACUAGUUCAAAGAGAAGAUGCAGGAAGCUGUUCCCAUGAAAUUGUGGGCAGCAUAUCUGAAAGUGUUGACCAGGUUAAGGGAACAGAUUCAGGAGAAGAAGUGAAAAAUCUUCCUUAUGUUGAUGCCAAGAUAGCUUCUGCAGAAGAAUUGGGAAGCCUUCCUAACGUUGAUGUCAAGAUAUCAUCUGUGGAAAAAGUGGGAAAUCUUCCUAAUGUUGAUGUCAAGAUAGCUUCUGCCAAAGAAGUGGGAAGUCUUCCUAAUGUUGAUGUCGAGAUAGCCUCAGAGGAAGAGCUGGAAAGUCUUCCAAAUGUUGAUGUCAUGAGUGCAUCAGGGGAAGGAUUGGGAAGACUACUUGCUUUGGAUGCCGAAACAGACGAAAGAUUUCAUGACCCAGAUGAUGAAAUGGUAAUUGAGAAGGAAAAUCAACAAACUGAUGGUGCAGAUGAUGAUCUGGCUCAUAUUUGGAAGGAAAUGGCGUUUUCAAUGGAAUGUUCCAAGGAUAUCUGUGAUAAUUCUUUACCUGAUAAACAUGCAAAAGAAGAUGAUGACUGUGAGCACUCAUUCAUACUCAAGGACGAUCUUGGAUAUGUUUGUCGCAUCUGUGGAGUAAUUCAGAGAGGCAUUGAGACCAUAUUUGAGUUUGUAUACAGUAAGGGCAAUAAAUCAACAAGGACAUAUGCAUCUGAACAUCAGAAUUCAAACAAGAGUAGGUUGAAUGAGAAUGAUCCUGAUGGAGUUAAGUCUCCUGAAGAUGAUUCAAUGGUGACAGAAGUUUCUGCCCAUCCAAGGCACUGGAAACAGAUGAAGCCCCAUCAAGUGGAAGGCUUCAAUUUCCUCUGUAGGAAUCUUCUGGUGGAUGAGCCAGGGGGUUGCAUAUUGGCUCAUGCUCCAGGCUCUGGUAAAACAUUUAUGAUUAUAAGUUUUAUUCAGAGUUUCUUAGCAAAAUUUCCCCAAGGAAAACCAUUGGUUAUAUUGCCAAAAGGCAUAUUGCCAACUUGGAAGAAAGAGUUCCAAAGAUGGCAGGUCGAAGACAUCCCACUGCUUGAUUUUUACACUUCAAAAGCAGAGAAUCGGUCUCAGCAGCUUGAUGUUUUGAGACAAUGGAUGAAGCAAAAGAGCAUCUUGUUUUUGGGGUACAAGCAGUUCUCUGUAAUUGUCUGUGAUGAUGGUAGCAGCAACAAGGUGGCAGCUGACUGUCGAGAUAUAUUGCUAAGGGGACCCUCCAUUCUUAUUUUAGAUGAAGGUCACACUCCAAGGAAUGAAAACACAGAUGUCGUUCAAUCAUUAGCAAAGGUGCACACCCCUCGGAAAGUGGUUCUUUCAGGAACACUUUACCAAAACCAUGUAAAAGAGGUGUUCAAUAUCUUGAAUCUUGUUCGUCCAAAGUUUCUGAAGUCCAGGACUUCACGAGCUAUUGUAGCCCGUAUUAUGAGCAGAGUACAGAUACCAGCUGAAAGGAAACAAUUGAAAGUUGGUACUGAAUCGGCAUUUUUUGAUUCCGUAGAGUAUACACUGCAGAAGGAUGAAGAUUUCAAAAGGAAAGUAGCUGUCAUACAAGAUCUCCGUGAGAUGACUUGCAAAGUCCUCCAUUACUACAAGGGAGAUUUUCUUGAUGAGUUACCUGGACUUGUUGAUCUAACUGUUGUGCUAAAACUGAGUGCAAGACAGAAAGAUGAAGUGCAAAAGUUGAGGAAGUUGGAUAAGUUGAAGCGGAUAGCGGUGGGAAGUGCUGUGUAUGUGCAUCCAGAGUUGAAAUAUUUUUCAGAGAAAUAUCCAGCAACUGGAGACAAAGGCUCAUCAGUCAAUGAUGAAAAUAUAGAUCGAAUGUUAGAAAAACUCGAUGUGAAACAUGGGGUGAAGAUGAAAUUCUUUCUUAAUAUACUGGGUUUAUGUGAAUCGAAUGAUGAGAAGCUGCUCGUUUUCAGCCAGUUUAUACUCCCCUUGAAACUUUUGGAGAGAGUUUCAGUAAAGCAAAAGGGGUGGAGAUCCGAAAAAGAACUGUUUAUGAUAACAGGUGACACAAGUUCUGAACAAAGGGAGCGGUUUAUGGAACGGUUUAACAGUUCCCCAGAUGCUAAAGUCUUAUUUGGUUCAAUCAAAGCCUGUGGGGAAGGGAUCUCUUUGGUGGGGGCAUCCAGAAUCCUGAUCCUGGAUGUUCACCUCAACCCCUCGGUAACACGCCAAGCAAUAGGCCGUGCAUUUCGACCAGGGCAGACGAAAAAAGUAUACACUUAUAGAUUGGUUGCAGGUGAUUCACCUGAGGAGGAGGACUACCUCACUUGCUUCAGAAAGGAAUUGAUUUCCAAAAUGUGGUUCGAGUGGAAUGAAGGCUGUGGGCAUCAAGACUUCAGAGUAAAUACUGUUGAUGUGGACGAUUGUAAUGAUCCCUUCUUGGAAAGCUCAGUCCUGAGGGAUGAUAUAAAGGUUUUAAACAAAAGGUGAACGCAGGUAUCUAUAACCAGCCCUAGGGCAUUCCAUUGGUAAACAGCAGUACACUUGGGUGGACAAAGGUUGUCAACUUUUUUUGUGCUCAUUAAUGCUUUUAUUUGUAUCAUGAGCUAGUUUUUCAUGUGUUUCGGUAUAGGGGAACCUAAGAACAAGAAAUUUACAGAACAAACUGUUAAAAGUCAAGUCAUUUUGGAAAUAUUAGUCAUAGAAGGGGUACGUUGAAACCCAAAAUACAAGGAAUCCAUGCUUGUGGUUUAAGUCGAAAUGUUCUUACAAUGUAAUGGUGAUUUUGAUGAGUGUUGGAAGCUGUUGGUAUAACAAAGACAGUUGUCAAAAACAACUAGGAGCAAAAGAACACAGAAAGCGUGAAUGUACAUGGUGACAAGAUAACAAGCAAAUUCCUACCUUUAUUUCAAAUCAGGAGUGUCUUUUUUU